AUGACAGUAGAUAAUUUGGGUAGAAAGUUUGCAAGGCAAGUGACAGUUCCCUGCAGACGUCGGAUCUGCAACAUUCAGAAGACAAACACUCGACUAACCGCCUACGGAGGAGCACAAGUACCAGUUCGUGGCAAAUGCUACAUGAAUAUCGAGUACAAUAAUAAGCGAGUCAACGGCAAAUUCUACAUCGUUGAAAUUGACAACGCCAAGCCAUUAAUCGGAUUACAGACAAGCCGUGACCUCAACCUUAUUAGCAUAAAUAAAGUCUGUGAAAUCCAACAUACCAAAACAAGUCUACUCGAUCAAUACCAAGACGUUUUCAAAGGAGUUGGCCUUGUAAGCGGAGAAUACCACAUCGAACUCAAGAGCGACGCAAAGCCAACAAUACAUCCUCCUAGAAACACCGCAUUGAGUCUAAUGCCACGAUUAAAAGAAACGCUAGAAAACCUUACAAAGUCAGGAAUCAUCAGUAAAGUUGACAGAGCAACUGACUGGGUCAACAGCCUAGUCAUAAUUGAAAAAAGAGAUGGAUCAUUGAGACUAUGUCUAGAUCCCAAGGAAUUGAACCAGGCCAUCAAGAGAGAAUAUUACAAUCCACCAACAGCUGAAGAAAUUUCUAGUAGACUCAGUGGCAUGGAACUGUUCACUGUGAUUGACAUGACAAGCUGUUACUGGCACAAGAAACUAGACGAAGCGUCAUCCUACUUAUGUACGUUCAAUACUCCUUUUGGACGAUACAAAUUUAACAGAAUGCCCUUUGGAAUCUGCUCAGCAUCAGAUGUAGCUCAAAAAAUGGUCGACGAUAACUUCUCAGAUAUUCCUGGUGUACUUGCAGUCUAUGACGACAUCAUCAUUGCCGCCAAAGAUGGAGAAGAGCAUGACAAAACCCUCAUCAAAGUUCUUAACCGUGCCAGAGAGCGAAAUAUCAGAUUCAACAAAGAAAAAAUGCAGCUGCGAGUCAAGGAAGUCAAAUACUUAGGCAACAUCAUCUCUGCAAAUGGGUUCAGCCCUGAUCCAGAAAAAAUUGAGGCCAUCCUAGAUAUGCCCAAAGCCACAAAACAAGCAAGAUUUACAACGGCUCCUUGACAUGGUAAAUUUCCUGUCACAAUACAUACCCAACUUGUCGGAGAUUACAGCUCCACUAAGAUCACUACUCAAGAAAGAAACGCUAUGGGCGUGGUUACCAGAGCACGAUGGUGCACUUGAUAAAAUUAAAGUUGCACUAACCAGCAGUCCUGUUCUAAAAUUCUUUGACAUCAAUCAGAAAAUAACCCUGCAGGUUGAUGCAUCACAAGGAGGCCUGGGUGCUUGUCUACUCCAAAAUGGACAUCCCAUAAUCUACGCAUCAAGAUCACUUAAUACUGGCGAAACUCACUAUGCCCAAAUUGAAAAAGAGCUCCUUGCUGUUGUAUUUGCUUGUGAGCGCUUCCAUCAAUAUGUUUAUGGCAGAGAAGUUGAUGUGCAAAGUGAUCACAAAC